AUGAGGACGCUGCAGAAACGACAGGUGUGCAUCCUUCUACCAAACAAGCAGCACCUGGACUGUACUGUCAGGGUGAGAGCCCGAGGCCACGAGGUGUUGAAUAGUGUGUUGAAGCAGCUCGGCGUCGGUGAGCUGCAGGUCUUUGGUCUGGCUGUUCUCAGAGAUAAUGAAUACUUCUUUCUUGAUUUGGAGCAAAAGCUGAGCAAGUACUUUGGCAAAAGAUGGAAGAGAGGAUCCUCAACAGUCCCAUUCAUCUUGUUCCUGAGGGUUCAGUAUUAUGUUGAGAGUGGGUGGCUACUAUUGAGCAGCAAAGUGCAGCAGCUCUAUUACACUGAGCUCAGGCAGAAAGUGCUGCAAUCACAAAGCCGCCAUCAGGAAGCUUUGUACUUCCAGCUGGCAGCUUCUGCACUUCAAGCAGAAGUCGGAGAUCUGGAAGAGGACAGACAUUACUUUCUUCCUGAAGACUACUUCCCCUCAUGGCUGAUAAAGCGUCGUGGACGAGACUUCCUGCUUCAGCACUGCCCGGUGUUACACAUGGAGCUGAGAGGUGUAUCUCGCAGCCAAGCCAUCCUGCAGUUUAUAAAAGAGGCCAGCAGCCUGCAGGAUGGACCGGUCACCUUCUACAGGAUGAGACAGGCCAGUCAGACGCAGACACAGACUGUUUCAGUUAACCAAAGAAAUCCUCCAGAAUACUGUAACUGUAAUGAAGUAGACAGUCAGGAGGUUGACAAAAAAAAGCUGAGAAGUUCCACCCUUCUCGGUGUAGCAUCUAAAGGAGUCCAUAUUUAUCAGGAGGUGGAAGGAAAGCAGUGUCUGUUGUAUGAGUUCUCCUGGACGGAUAUUGAUCGCUUAACUUUCCAGGGCAGCAGGUUUGAAAUCUCUGCAGUGGGCUCUCUGUGCCUCCCUAAGUUGGUGUAUUACACUCCUUCAACCUUUCACUCCAAACACGUCCUGAGGCACCUCAGCGACAGUCACCGGCUCCACAUCAACAACAGAGAUGCGGUCAGCUACAUCCAACACCUGGAAGACAUGCAGGCCAGUCAGCUCCACAGAGAGGCCUACAUCUGUGACACAACACGUCUAACACACAGACUCCAGAGCAACAGCCUCACAUCCUCCAUGUCCAGCUGCAGCGUCGCUAAUGAAACGACCACAGCUUGGACCAUAGAAGAGGAGGACGAGGAGGAUUAUGAGGAAGAUAAAGUCACAGAGUUUGAACUGUGUGUGGACGAACCAGAGGAGUUUCUUGUUGACAACCCAGCGGAGGUGCCGUGGCUGGCUGAGCUGCUCCACGGCGCGCCAGCCGAUGGACCUUUGAUGUUACCCUACUCUUAUUGGGAAGCUGUCACGGUGGAAAUGAAACAGGUUCUGAGGAGGAAAGCAGAUGAAGGGGUUUCUGUGGACUAAUGUACAGCCAGAGGCAAGAGGGAUUCAUUAUGUGUUCUGCAGCUCAGGAGAAGAUCCCUUAUGUCACUGCUCUGAUGCUUACAUUGCUUUUUAAAUUAGUAAUCAUAGACCUAAUAAAUGAUGUACUUACCUAAUAAUAUCUGUAUGUUUCCAGUGCAACAUAAGCUUUAGUUUGAGCAUGAAAAAAUCUGUAUUUUUGUUUUUUCAAAGUACAGUUCAUACAUUUAUAUUAGAACAAAAAGAGUAAAGAGUAUAAAUCAUAACAUUGUAAAAUUUAAACAUUAGAUAUAAGGAUAAUGAAAAGAGCUCUGAACAUUUAGAAGAAAUAAAAGAAUAUGUAGGAGAAGGGAAAAGAUGUACAUUCAAGUAA